AUGCUUUCCCUGAAGGUUGCUUGCCUCAUCCUGAGUGUGGCCAGCACAGUCUGGACCUCAGACACCGACACCGAAGGCGAAUUCUUAGCAGGAGGAGGAAAAGGGCGGGGCCCAAGAGUUAUGGAGAAGCAGCCGAGUCACUGCAAAGAGGCAGACUGGCCCGCAUGCUCUGAUGAUGACUGGAACCACAAGUGCCCUUCCGGCUGCAGGAUGAAAGGGCUGAUUGACGAGGUCAAUCAAGAUUUUACCAGCAGAAUAAACAAGCUCAAAAACUCACUGUUUGAUUUUCAAAAGAACAACAAGGAUUCUAAUUCGCUGACCAGGAAUAUCAUGGAGUAUUUGAGAGGGGACUUCGCCAAUACCAACAACUUUGAUAACACAUAUGGCCAAGUGUCAGAAGAUCUGAGACGCAGAAUCGAGAUCCUGAAGCGUAAAGUCAUAGAAAAAGCGCAACAAAUUCAGGUUCUGCAGAACAAUGUCAGGGCUCAGCUGAUAGACAUGAAACGCCUGGAGGUGGACAUUGAUAUCAAGAUCCGCUCUUGCAAAGGGUCCUGCAGCAGGGGUGUGGCCCGUGAGAUAGAUCUACAGGACUAUGAAGGUCAGCAGAAGCAGCUUGAACAGGUCAUUACUAAAGAAUUGCUUCCUGCAAAAGACAGGCAGUACCUGCCAACAAUAAAAAUGGUUCCAGUUCCUGACUUGGUUCCUGGAAAUUACAAGAGCCAGCUGCAGGAGGCCCCUCCAGAGUGGAAAGCAUUAACAGAAAUGCGGCAGAUGAGAAUGGAGCUGGAGGGGGCCCGGAAGGGUGGGAAUUCACGAGGAGAUGCGCGCGGGGAUUCUCCGGGAGACUCUGCAACUUACGGAACAGGGACAGAGGCAGAAAACCCCAGGAACCCUGGAUCUGGUGGAUCUGGGUAUUGGGGUCCUGGGAGCUCCGGGCCUGGAAGUGAUGGGAAUAGGAACCCCGGGACCAUGGGGUCUGAAGGACAUGGGGGUCCUGGAAGCUCUCGACCUGGAAGUUAUAGGCCAACUACCUCAGGCUCUGGGAACCCCAGGCCUAGCGACCCUGACUGGGGUGAGUUUUCGGAGUUCACAGGAAGUAGCAGCCCAGCAAUAAAGAAAGAAUAUCACACAGGUAAAGUGACCACCUCUAAAGGAGAUAAAGAGCUCCUGAUAGGAAAUGAGAAAGUCACCUCUACUGGUACAAGCACCGUACAUCGUUCCUGCUCUAAAACCAUUACCAAGACUGUUGUGGGUGCUGAUGGUCGCAGAGAAGUGGUCAAGGAAGUGGUCACCUCGGAUGAUGGCUCUGACUGUGGUGAUGCUGUUGAUUUAGGCUUAACCCAGAGUUUUGGGGGCAGGUUUGACAGAUUUGCCCAAAGGUUCCCAGACCAAGCUGCUUUUUUUGACCGCCACUUAGAUUCAUUCUCAUCUGACUUCAAAGAAUAUGUCAGUAAGACCCACGCUACAGGCCCUGAUUCUUCAGACAUAGAAGACUCACGCUUCCAUGUACCUGACCUUUCUUCCAGUAGUAAAACCUCAACUGUCACAAAACAAGUCACCUCUAAGACCUUCAAAAUGGCAGAUGAGGCAGGAAGUGAAACCCACCAUGAAGGAGAAACUUGGACCACCAAGAGGGGCCGUGCCAAAUCGCGUGCAUCCAGAGGUAUCCACACUUAA